AAGCAAACGAGUGUGAUAUAUUCGUCUCGCACCAUCUUUCCUUCCACCCAUUCGUCCCAACCACCCUCUCCCCCCCCCACCGUCCUCCCUUUCCCCCUUAUUUGCCCACAGCACAAGAGCAACCUCGUCUCUCCAUCUUUCACGGGAGAUCAAGCUUUUCGGAGCUGUAGCACGCAUCCCCUCCGUGGCUUUUGUGCUGGAUUUGGAGUCUUUGGGAGUUUGAGGGGCCGAGCGGUUGGGUUCGUUUUGUUGCUGUGGUGUGUCCUGUGACGUACAGUGGUGUGUCCUGUGACGUACAGUGGUGUGUCCUCCCGAGUGGAGAGGGGAAGGAGCGAGACCUCCCUGCCGGAUGGCUGUGUUGUAGGUGGGUACUGCAGAAGGAAAGCGAGAUAGGGCUGGACGAUGAUGACAAAUGGUACCUCCUCGUUUGGUCUAUCAUGUUAUCGGCACGUUUGGCGUGCUGAGGGAGGUAGGCACCACAAGUGAAAUAGAAAAGGAAUUGUAUCGGGCAGCAGGGGUAGGUGUUCCCACAAGCUUUUCGGGUUGAAGCUUAGGCAGCUUAGCGGCUCUAUCAAUGAUUGUGAGUGGCGAUGAGGUGGACGGGGUGUCGAGUUCCAGGCAAAGGACCAUAGUCGCGGGCCGGGUGGUGCAGGAGCAGAGUGAUCAAGGAAUCUAGAUGCAGAGGGGAUAGAGAGAAGGUGGUGUGUAUGAGGUUUCUGCCGCUGCCCCCAUUUAGCAUUGGGGAGAAGAAGGAAGAGUGACAGAGGUCAAGGGACGAGGAUCGAACUCUCGUCGGUGGGAGACUGCGUAUGCGAAGUCAGCAAUCCAAGUCUGCGAGGCGUUCUGUGUCAACGACACACGGAGAUCUGUGGCGUGGCACGCACGGGAUACUGUCCCGACCCCCAUCGCUAACUGGCGCCCGGAAUCCGUCGGGAUCCUUGUGAAUGAGGAAGGAGAGGAGAUAGGCGAUAAUAAAAAAAGGAGAUUCUCCGGAAAAAAACUCGGAAGAGAGAACAAUCGAGGAACGAGUAAUGGGAGGGGAGGGAAAACGGAAGGAGGUGGCGGCUGAACAGUAAGGUAAAGCGUGAAGGGCGACGAGGAAGAGGAGGAGGAGAGGAAGCGGAAGAGGAGGAAGAAGAGGAGGUAGAGGAGGAAGAAGAGGAGGUAGACAAGGAGGAAGAAGAGGAGUUGGUGGGAUUGGUGGUCCAGAAGGGUUGGCGACUCUACGUGAACGAUAUAAGGAGGAGGGGACUUGGCGUGAGGAAGGUUCGUAGUGCUUGAACCGACAAAACUGUCUUGAACCCACAAAACUGUCUUUGCUUCUCUUUUGUGGGGCCACCACUGUUUGGAGUCGCGACGGAAGCCAGCGCGCCUGUGUCAUGGCGAUGCCUAUGGUGUUUAUUCCAUUCGAUUUUUGACGGGGGUUCUCUCUGCGUACCGCUCUUAUCGGACGGGAAACACGAGAGAGAGAGAGAGAGAGAGAGAGAGAGAGAGAGAGAGAGAGAGAGAGAGAGAGAGAGAGAGAGAGAGAGAGAGAGGAUGAGGUGGUGAGGGUGAGGAGGGCGGUGGCGGGAAGGAGGGGUGAGAAGAAGGAAGGGAAAAGAAGGGUGAGCGGUGGAGGUGAAGGGGCGAGAAGAGUGGGGUGGAGGUAGUUCACGAAGAGGGAAGGGAGAAAAAAAGGAGGGGGUGGGGAGGGAGAAGGUUCCUCUCUGAAGGAAAAAGUUUGGGUGGACCUAGCCGGGGUUCCGAGCGCAUGCACGCGUGGAGUGAACCCUUCGCUACGGGCAUAUCUCGGCAUGCUCCAAAGCGUGAAAAAGAAGCUGGGCGGUGGGCGGAAGACGUCUGUGAAGGCGGAUGCCUCAAGCACCAAUGCAGCUGAUGCGGCGUCCUCCACCAGUACUCCCUCUACUGCGAGAAGAGAUUCUUCUUCCGCUGCUGGAAAUAGGACUCAAGCGGCUGUUGGCGCGAUCAACAAGGCUGCCGUUGUCCCGGGAGCCCCCGCGGGCCCCGGUCGGGGAGCUCCGUCGAAGGAUGGCCCCAAACCAUCCUCUGCCGGCGGGCUAGGUUCGGGAUCGGGUUUGGGUGUAGGCUCGGCAGUAGGCGGCGGCGGCGGCGGCGCCGCCGCACUUGUCGGCCCCAGUACUCCUAAUAGCAUCGCCGCUGCUUUCGCAGACCCCCUUCCCUCUUUCCGCGACGUCGCCGCCUCCGAGCGUCAGAACUUGUUCAUCAAGAAGCUUCAUCUCUGCAGCUAUGUCUUCGACUUCACUGAUCCUAAGAAACAUGUUCGCGAGAAGGAGCUCAAGAGGGCCACUCUUCUUGAGCUUGUCGAUUAUGUUAAUUCCGGCACGGGGAAAUUCAAUGAAGCCGUCUUUGAAGACAUCACCAACAUGCUCGCCGCCAAUCUCUUCCGCUCUCUCCCUCCGUCCUCCCACGAGAACUCGUCAACUGACAACUUUGACCCAGAAGAAGAGGAGCCGUCGAUGGAACCCGCGUGGCCCCACCUCCAGAUCGUGUACGAGUUCCUCCUAAGAUACGUCGUGUCGAACGAGACUGACGCCAAGGUGGCUAAGAAGUAUAUCGAUCACGGCUUCGUGUUGAGGCUGUUGGACCUGUUUGACUCGGAAGACCCGAGGGAGAGGGAGUACUUGAAGACGAUUUUGCACAGGAUAUACGGGAAGUUUAUGGUGCAUCGCCCGUUCAUUAGGAAGGCGAUUAAUAACAUAUUUUACAGGUUCAUUUUCGAGACCGAGAGACAUAAUGGGGUCGCGGAGUUGCUUGAGAUAUUGGGCAGCAUUAUCAAUGGCUUCGCGCUGCCGUUGAAGGAGGAGCAUAAGUUGUUCCUUGUCAGGGCAUUGCUUCCACUGCACAAACCGAAGUGCGUGGCCAUCUAUCAUCAGCAACUGUCCUAUUGCAUCACCCAGUUCGUGGAAAAGGACUGCAAGCUGGCAGACACCGUCGUUAGGGGAUUGCUAAAGUAUUGGCCGGUAACGAACAGCCAGAAGGAGGUGCUCUUUCUGAGUGAGCUGGAGGAGGUUCUGGAGUUAACGCAGCCGGCGGAGUUUCAGAAAUGCAUGACGCCGCUUUUCCGCCAGAUUGGUCGCUGCCUAAACAGCUCUCAUUUUCAGGUGGCUGAGCGUGCCUUGUUUCUCUGGAACAACGAUUAUAUUGUUAACCUUGUCAUUAACAAUCGCGAAACCAUCCUUCCGCUCAUCUUCAAGCCUUUGGAAACAAAUGCUAGAGGACAUUGGAACUCUGCAGUACAUGGGCUGACUUGUAAUGUGAGGAGGAUGUUUAUGGAGAUGGACCCGCCGAUGUAUGAUGAGUGUCAACGACAGUUUCUCGAAGAGGAGGCGAAGGCGAAGCAAGAGGAGGAUAAACGGAUGAGUGCCUGGAAGCGGCUUGAACAGGUUGCGGCAUCCAAGCCGGCUGUUGUGGCGCCUCCAUUGGCAAAUAAUGUAGGUGUUGGGACACAGAGAACGGCGGUAGGAUGAUCGGAUCGGUAUUGGAGGAUUGAGACGGUCUCAUGGUUGCUGCCAAGUCCAACCUAGGGAGAGAAGAUAUGGAGCAUGUGUUGGGAAAGGCGAAAUGCAAGCUAGCGAUGGAUAUGAUGGGCGUGGCGUGGCUGCAAGGAAUAGUGUCGGCAAGAGUUGAUGUCAGAGGGGAAGGAGGGAAUCUUGCUUUUGCUGGGAUUUUACCUAUGUUAGGCUCUGUGGGCUGGCAAGUGGCAGCUGGUUGUUGGGGUAGUACCGAAGACAAAGAGAUGCAAAGUUCGUCUCCCUUGUGUCGUGCAUGCUAUAGGCAGUGAGGGGACGGGCGCAAUCUUUUCCGUUUGCCAAUGUCAGCAUGGAGCAAGAGCUCGCUGGGUGAUUGAGAUAUUUUUCUCUGUAAAAAGGAACACAGGCCGAGGGGGGGGUGCGGGGUGGAGAAGGACCCAAGAGAAUUUGGGCCGUGAAAAAGACUAGUCAACGAGCACCUACUUGCAGAGAGGGUGGAAGAAUGGAUGAAAAAAGGAAAGACUAGUGAGCAAAUGUCUAACCGGCAGGUACUUGGAUGGGAUGAUCUUCACCUGUGCGAUUGGAAAAAAAAGGACGAGUAUGUUGACGUGAGCAGUGUUCUCGUGAAGAAUUUGACAGCACCGAGAACUUAUUGACUAGGCAAAGUGAAAGGACAGUUGGGCUUGGUGCCUGUGUUAUCGCGAAAGGAGGGUAUAAGGGCUUGGGGUGAUGGGCUCGAGCGAGAGAGAGAGAGAGAGAGAGAGAGAGAGAGAGAGAGUCCGAAGCAUGUGUGCUCUGCCAGCUGAGUCAUUGUGGCAGGCAGUGCAGUGAAAUCACUGAAAUGUAAAUUGGUUGUUGCUAUGUUUGGUCAGCAUCUCUCAGUAACCUCUUUACAUUGCUCCCUAUGCGAUGUGCCCGCCCAUUUUCGUAGAUGUGUAAAGAGACCAGAGUAAUUGUUUCUCGUUCGGUGCGCUUGUUGUUGGAGCUUUUGGGGUUCACCACGCCAGCCAGCCAUCCAGCCGGCAAUCGGGUACUACCUCUCUUCUGGACUCCUCUGCUGCCAAACGUUUCUCCUUGCUGCAUGUUCCCGAGUUUCCUGAUCUUUCAUUCAUUUAACUGCCAGUGAUGAUGUCAUGUUCCACCAAUGGAUGCAUGGGUGCUGCUUUGCAAAGAUCUAUGUAUUGUUCUCUUGCAUAUCUGCCAAAUUUGGUUAGGCUGUGUCUUAUCCAUGGGCCAUUAGGAAAGCCCCUUCCCUGUUUCUAUCCAUGGAUGAUCGUCAAGAACCGUGACUGUCGUGGUCAUGUCUUGUGCACGGCAGCAGCUGACAGUAUGAUUGGUCAGGUGUAUAGCAGUGGCAAGUGGAUGGUGAUAGGGUGGAAAGAACGAGGAGGAGGGCCAUGCAAGAGAGGGAGAGAGAGAGAGAGAGAGAGAGAGAGAGAGAGAGAGAGAGAGAGAGAGAGAGAGAGAGAGAGAGAGAGAGAGAGUUGGGUAUUGGGCAAUGGCAUGUGGCAGAAGUUUGUGUACGGAGAGGGAGCAGAAGAGGAGGGGGGGAGAGAGGAAGGGAGAAUGUGUGGAAUCAAUCUGCAUGGGGAUUGACAAUACUGCCCGUCUUCCCAAGUUUAUCUUGUCUGGGAGGUAGUGGAAUACUAUUUUGAGACGGACCAGAAUAUUUUUCUCCUGUAGUGACUUGUUUUGAGAGUCUGAGCAGAAUCUCUCUCUACUGUAGUGAGUUCUUGAAAGUUGUUACGUGGGGUCGGAUGGACAUGAAGAAUUAUGGAAUCAGGGGGGAAGCAUAUUUCAUCGAGAAGUGGGUUGAUGGUUCUUUCUACGAACGUGUAUGGACAAGUGGGCAUCCAUGCUGGCUGUGAAGUGGGAAUAAGGAAAGCCCAUGUUACGUCUGUACAGAAAGCAUGAGAAGAUGGUUAUGCGGUUUGGUUGGCUUUCUCUUGCCCUUGUUUAUUCCGCUCUGUAUCGCCCUUCUUCUUGUUUACUGAUCAGCCUCCUGUGGUACUUCACCACCAUGCGAAGGGGAGCAUUGUGCUACGGCGAAAGCUUGACAUCUCUGAGGCAUUUGUCCUUAUCUUCGGUGCUCUCUGCCUUUUGAUGGGUGUAACUUUCAGUUUUGGAAUAGUUAUGUCUGUCAAAUUAACUGAUUCUUGUUCAGCUUGGUGACGGCUUUUCCGGAAUUGAGUAUGUACUAUCUACGAUGUGGAGCUGGCCGCAGCGUUGUUUCCGGAAUGUGGUUGGGCAUUUCUUUGGCGUUAGCGAGCAGUGAGGGCACACCAGAGGGCACGCCGGACCUAAUGGCCCGCGGAGUUGUGUCUCGGGUGUCAGUAUGCGUUGGGCUGCGCUUGGGUGCAUUCGCAAGACCACUGCGUGUCCUCCCUGUAUGCAAGCGGCGGCGCACAGCCAAACCGUCAUCGGCGGUCGGGUGAGACUUGUGCUGAAAGCCUGAGGUUGCAUGGUGGCAGAGUGUAGAGAAUCCUGCACAAACGACAAUAGGGUCUGCCGGUGUGGCAUGGUUUUACUUCCAUCCAACUACUCUCGCUGAAAAAUGCACGCCUACAAGUGAUUUGGGCGGGCUUGGAGGGACAUAUCUAUUAUGGUGGUUGCGAGUGCUGCAAUUUUUGUUGAUGCGUUAAUUGUUACUGCAGAGAGUCCAGGAUGCGAGUCUGAACCCUGUUUUUGGAUGUAAUUGUGGCAAGGAGUGAUGGGCACAGGUGAAAGGGAAAGAAAGGGGGGAGCGUGAUGAAGUUAUGUGGUUAUUAUUUUGAUUGUGCGACAUUGGCUGUGUGCAGAUUUGGAGAGGCCUGAGACGGGGCAUGGAGUAAAGUGGUCUGGUAAUGUUGCCUUUGCGAGCGAAAACUUCUGAGAUGAUGUUGCAUCUGGUACGGCAGCAGCAGGGUGAACCCCACCCACCAACAACGGGCCAUAGUGCCGCCCGUGUGCGUAUGUACCCUCCAGCUUUCAGGGCUAUAUUCGUUUAUCACAAACUGUGGUUGGCUUUCUUUGAUAUAUCUUUUUCUGUGAUUGCCCCUCCUCCUUGCUUGUGUCUCCGUUAGACAGCAUACAUGUCGACCUUCUGCUCCAUCGCAAAAAGGACUGCUGGGGGAAAAGGCGGAUGGCACGUCUGUUUGAUCACAAUCUCCUCUUUAAUAUCUUUCAGAUACGUAAUUUCUGCCGCCAAGCUUUCAAGCUUUUACACUCUAUAUGAAAUUUAUUCGGGAUCUCUCUCUCUCUCUCUCUCUCUCUCUCUCUCUCUCUCUGUGUCGGUCUUCAGCUUCCAGUGAUUACUGCUGCUGCAGACAGGAACCAAGUAUGCUGCAUCAGCUGCAACGGUAGCUGGAUAGCAGACCGGUUGCUUAUGGUUUAAGAUUGGGCACCUUAAUGUGGCAAGUAUAUUGUUGUCUUCUAAACGUAACAAAUUUGCGGUUGGAGU